UGGCUGAACCGUAACUACGAAGCAAACAUAUACUCGCACCGUUCAUAACCUUUCCCUUUCUCUCUCUCUCCGUCACGCUAUAUUCCAUCCCACAGAUCGCUCUCUCCCCCUCUCCCCGUUUCCCUCUCUCUCUCUCUCUCUCCGUUCGAUCUGAGCCGAAGCUUUGAUUGCGUUUGAAGAUGUCGUCGGCGUCGCCUCCGAUUCUCCCGAUCUCCAACCCCCAGACGACAUCCACCACCGCCAACACCGCCGCCGGGUCGGCCGUCCAGUCCCAGCCCCCGAUCGCCAACCCGGCCUUCCGGUCCUUCAUCAACCACCUCUCCGACUCCCUCCGCCACGGCCUCUCCCAGCGCCGCCCCUGGACCGAGCUCGCCGACCGCUCCGCCUUCUCCAAGCCGGAGUCGUUCUCCGAGGCCGCCCUCCGCGUCCGCAAGAACUACUCAUACUUCCGGGUCAACUACCUCGCCGUCGUCGCCCUCAUCCUCGGAUUCUCCCUCGUCACCCACCCCUUCUCCCUCCUCCUCCUCGCCGGCCUCCUCGCCUCCUGGCUCUUCCUCUACCUCUUCCGCCCCGCUGACUCCCCGCUUGUCCUCUUUGGCCGCACCUACUCCGACCGCGAGACCCUUGGCAUCCUCGUGGUCUUCAGCAUCGUCGUCAUCUUCCUCACCAGCGUCGGAUCUGUCCUCAUCUCCGCCCUCUUGGCCGGGGUGGCCGUUGUCUGCAUCCAUGGCGCAUUUAGGGCUCCGGAGGAUCUGUUCUUGGACGAGCCAGAGCCGGCUGCCACCGGAUUUCUCUCGUUCCUCGGCAAUGCUGCCUCAAAUGCUGCCGCUGCAGCUGCUCCGGCAGUCGCCUCCCGUGUCUGAGGUGACAUUCCAAUGAGAUCUGCUGAUGAAAGAUGAUCUAUUCGAAUUUUAGGAUCCAUAGAGAAAAUGAAUAAUCAUGAAAUUAUUAAAAGUUUUGUCAAUUGUUCUUUACAUAUAUAAUAGGAUUUGGAUAUGCUCUUUGACGAUCUGCUACUUCUUGCAUCUGUUAUGGAGGAGUUCGUUGUUAAUACGAUUUGUACGUUGGAGUUCCAUUUGAAUGAUAGUUGUGAAUCAAUCUUGGCCUGGUUGUCGAAUGUA